AUGCCAGCGAGGCAUCCAACCGUCGCCGUCAUUGGCACCGGACCAUCAGGCAUUGCCGCCACCAAAGCCUUGUCCGACGAGAACAUUUUUGAUAGAGUACGAGUCUUUGAACGACGAGAUCGUAUUGGAGGCACUUGGAACUAUGACCCUGUGCCAGACCCGUUCUCGACAGGCUUGAACGGUCAAUUGAAGCGCUCGUUGCCUUCGCAUUUCCCGCAUUCAGCACCACUCACUGCUGAAGACACAAGCGGCCGUACGGGCCUGUAUGAUACUUUGGACAGCAAUGUCGGCGCGAAAGUCAUGGCGUUUACUCACACUCCGUUGCCUGACAUAAAUUCAGCUGCCUCCAUCGAGCGAUACGGCCGUGACAAUCCAACCCGACCUUUCAGAGUCGUAGCCCAUUAUCUGGAAGACGUUUUCCGCGAUUAUUACCACCUUGUGUCGUUUAACACGAGCGUAGAGAGAGUGGAGAAAGUCAAUGGGAAGUGGGUUCUGACGCUGAGACGGUCCGACCAUAUCUUGCGCGGUGAGCGACGCGAGUAUUGGUGGCAGGAGACCUUUGACGCCGUGGUUGUGGCCACGGGGCACUACAACAUUCCUGCGGUGCCGCAGGUAUCUGGAUUGAGAGAGGCGUAUGCUGCGCGACCAGAAGCAUUCGAGCAUUCGAAGGCAUAUCGGUCGCCGGACGACUAUGUUGGCAAAAAGGUGAUCGUAGUGGGAGGCAAUGUUUCUGCAGCAGACAUUGUCGCCGAUAUCCAAGGAGCUGUCAGCGGACCUUUGUUUCUCGCGCAACGUGGUGUCAACGAGUUCUUCAAGCCUGCAUUCCAGUUGCCCAAUGUGGUGACCAAGCCGCAGCUCAAGGAGAUAAAGUCGACGACCAAAGGCAUCGAGGUCGAGUUUGGCGACGGGACUAAGGUCUCAGGGGUCGACAAGGUUAUCUUCGCCACAGGGUAUAGACUCUCAUAUCCGUUCCUGUCGCCGGAUCCCGUAACGCCAAAUAAUCGGCUGGCAGGAUUCUACCAGCACUUGUUCAAGAUUGGCGACCCGUCGCUCACCGUCAUUGGCCAACUCAAAGCCGGCAUCAGUUUUCGAGUUUAUGAAUACCAGGCUGUAGCAGUAGCUCGAUAUUUCGCAGGGCGCGAGGCAAAACCAUUACCUCCGCCUUCCGAGCAAGAUCUGUGGGAAACCAAACGACUAGAGACGAAAGGUCCGGGCAUUAACUUCCAUGAGCUGAGGCUCGAAUGGCCUGAGUAUUAUGGGUUCCUGGUUGACCUUGCAGGACCUGCAGCAGCAGGUUCAUUUGGAUAUGAAUUGCCUCCAUGGCAGGACAAGUGGGCAGAACUCGGAUUUUCGGUCAUUCAGCUGAAGGACAAGUACUGGAAGAGGUCAGCUCUUGAGCAGAUUCGUGCGCGGCUGUAG